AUGCACAAAACAGCCAAGUCCUCUGUGAUCGCCCAUGUGGACCAUGAGAUGGACAAGGACCGGUCGUCACAGCAUGGUGACAUUACUACCGCGGAGGCCCUGGCGAGCAAGGCGUUCUCGGGCGCUGGCAAACUGAAGUCGUUCUCUAUCCCGAAACUGGCCGUGGUUCCCUGGGCAGAGGCCAAGGUGCGGAAACAAGCAAAGAGGCUGCAUUUCGCUAUCGAGGUGGCAUACGAUCUGCCUUCGCUCAAUCCGUCUGUUGUAGAAGAUGUUGAAGAGAUGUACAUGGACUCUGACGCACCCAUGUGUCCAAUCAACGAGGAGUGGCCGGAACGCAUCAUUGUCAACUCGCUGCGCCUGCAAGGCUUCCUCGAACACGAGUUCAACAUGACCCUGCCAGCUAGUACCGACGAGCCUUUCCACAUCCUCAGACCAUACAAGAUGCUGUCAUACCACGAAGGCAGGAUCCGGAAACGCAUAGCCGAAUUUCACAAUGCCCGCCGCGUCAUGUGGGCGGCAAGUGAGGAUGAAUACACGGAACACUACCAGCGCAACCCGGUCGAGGACGGCGCCGCACUCAGCCCUCAGCGAGAGUCUCAGAUGACACUUCAGCAGCUGACAGCCUACAUCUUGGACUUCAAAUGCCUGGAGAGGGUUAUCGGCGUCUGUUCCCGACCAGAAUUCCGCGAGCCAGAGCACAUGCCGGCCCAUGUCCUUUUCAACAAUCUGUGGCUCUUAUUCCCCGUCGGUUCCCUUGUAUACGCCAGAGACCCCAAAGUACCGCAGAAGAUCUGGAAAGUUGUCGAACGAACCAGUGUCCGGAGGGACUACGAGCCGAGGUCCAACGAGAGACCUGGUGGCCGGUCCGAGGACCCGUUCUCCGAUUUCGUCGCCAUCUGCUACCAUCUAGACUUUGACGGUACUUGCUACCAGCCCAGCUACCACGAGUUCAGGAUCAACAGCUUUGACGGCCCCCAGCUUAUGCUCUCCCUCCUGAUUGCCCCGCUCAGCUUUGUUGAGUACCAAGGGAUCCUUGACCGAGGCGACGUACUCGAACGAGCCAAACGAUUCAAGGCCAUGACUCGGGUCCGCCACCAAUCCUAUAGCGGCCGGAGCUAUGACAGUACCCCGACCGGCAAGCGUCUCACCGAGCUCGAUGACGGAUCUCAUAAGAAUAGCGGGGUCCGGGUGGCCCCCCUUGCAGACAACCCAUGGGACAUGAAGUCCACCGAAGAUCUUGUGGGAGCCGAGACAAAGAAGUGGAAGGAAUGGGGGAAGGACCCCGACCUGUCCGGUCCCACCGAAGAGCAGGAUCUCCUGCUACCCGAUAGGUGUACUAAGUACUGGGGUAGUAAGACGAACAUUGCUAACGAGGGGCUCUCCCUGUUGCACGCAGCUUGUCUACAAAUCGGCAAAGACAUAUACGGCAACCCGACCUUGACCAAUGUUCAGCAAACUGAUGAGCCGUGGCAGAAUCUGGAACUUCCCACAGGGCACAAGGAAACCGUGCAUUCUCUGGUCGACUCGCACUUCUCCAAAGACAGGAGCAAAAACAUGCACUUCGAUCUGGGGGUCAUUAUUCUGCUGCACGGCGUGCCAGGGGCUGGCAAGACAUCAACGGCGGAAUGCGUUGCACAGAGCCACGGCAGACCGCUGCUGCCCAUUACCUGUGGCGACCUGGGACUGACGCCAGCCGGCGUGGAAUCCAAGCUGCAGGAAAUAUUCAGGCUCGCUGAGGCGUGGGGUUGUGUCAUGCUAUUCGACGAAGCCGACGUUUUUCUCGCACAGAGAACACCCACGGACAUUGAAAGGAAUGCACUGGUCUCUGAGACAUGCUGGUUUCCGCUUAUGACAGUCUUCCUCCGGACACUGGAGUACUACGAAGGCAUUCUGUUCUUGACCACCAACCGGGUGGGCGCCUUCGACGAGGCCUUCAAGUCCCGCAUCCACAUGUCCUUGUACUGCCCGCCGCUCACCGAGAAGCUAACCAUCAGUAUCUGGCGUUCCCACAUUGCUACAGCCCAGAAGGACAGUCGCAUCGAACUUGAUGCAGUUGAUCUCGUGCUGUGUGCGCAAGAGAUCUUUCAGCGACAGCGCGAUCCCCAGUUCGGCCCUGUCUGGAACGGCCGCCAGAUCCGCAAUGCCUUCCAGACGGCCGUCGCGCUGGCGGGUUUCCAUAGCAAGGACAACGAGCGCAUCAAGCUAGAGCGUAAAUACUUCACCCAGGUUUUCAACGUCUCGGCCCAGUUCAGCAACUACGUUUGGUCGGUCAAGCAGCGCAACUCGGACGCCCAGUGGAACGCCAUGCUGAUGCUUCGUCGGGAUGACUUCGCUUACACGGGCCCACCCGGAGCAGACCCGGCGGGUAACCAGCAGCUGAUGGUUCCGGUGAACCAGCAGGGCGGCGGGCAAGUCCCUCGCUCUGGGAACUUUCCACAGUCCAGCUUUGGCCAGCAGGCUGGCCCUCCCAGGACCACAGCCCCUUUCAACGGCGGAAUGGGUGUGGGAGGCAUGAACAUGAACAUGAACACCAACGCGGCGGGGGGCGGCAGUGACGGCAACCAGUUCGGAAGCAUGCUGUCGGCAUAG